AUGCCGCCCGUCACACAGUACGCACGCCUGACCCUCAAGCCCGGCACAGAGGCCGACGCCUUGGACCAGUCCACCCCGACAGGCAAGAUUGUCCAGCGCCGCGUCACCGAGCCGACCACGCAGCCCGGCUUCCGCGCCAUCCACUACGGCCUCGCCGUCGAGCGACCCUCUGAGCUCUGGGCGUUUCUCGACUGGGAUACCGUCGAGCAGCACCAGACGUGGCGCGAUUCGGCAUCCCACGAUGACCUGAGAAAGAGCCUCGCGACCAUCAGCGACGCGUCCGCGCCCAAGUUCUCCCUGUACAUUACGCCCCAGCCGACAGUCGCCUUCAACGACCCUGCCUACCCCGUGGUCGAGGUCCUCAACAUGCUCCUUCCCCCCGACAUGGACGAGGCCGCCAUGAAGAUGGUAGAGGGCCGAUGGGACGAGUUUGCCCGCCAGGCCCUUCACCCGCCCGCCCUGUGCGGCAAGAUCGCGACGGGCUGGUCGCUGGAGAACAACGCCCCGGUGCGCGGCGAGGAGGGCAAGACGGGCAAGGUGUUCCUCGCGUUGGUCCAGUGGCCCAGCACGGACACGCACAUGGAGAACAGGGGCCUGUCGGUGUUCAAGGACAGCAUCCACCUACUGCGCGAUCUGCCGGGCCUGCUCAAGAUGGACAUGUUCCACGUCCACGCCACGACCAAGACAGCGGCUUGA